AUGUCAACACCGCCUGUUCAAGUCCAAUGGAGCCUUAAUGACACCUCGCAAUCGGUAUUUUCCGUCUUGAGAGGCGUCAUGGCUGCGGCGACAAGUGAAAACGUCCAAGUCCUCGCUCUGCUUUCUUGUGAGCGAUUUGGUAACACCAUCGCUAUGAGUAACGAAACAAAUUCCAAGGUCGUAUACACCCUCGUUCCAACACCGGAUCCAGCUCCAGUUAGAUUCUUGAAAGGACUCGUAGGCUUUUCCACGGGCGAUUGCGCAACGCAACUUAGCAAUAGUUUGGCAGGAAUCCGCUUUCUAGGAUUAACGGCUGCUAUUGUUACAACGGUCGGCUCCUUCAACAGCGCAAAGGCUCUCGAUAUCAUGCUGAGAAGUUCGGCAACUGACUUGACAUUAUUGCCGACAGUAAGGCAGUUGAACGAUCUGCUAGGGAGCCUCGAGACCAGAUGUUACCGUUGUGGCUUUACUGACUCCGUCGUGGGUUGGCAAAUCAUACUCCAAAGGGAGAUUUUGCCUUCCAUUUCUUCAGAAGCAGUUCGAAAAAAUCUGACGGAAAAUGCCCUGUUAGUGCCUUCUCCAGAGACAAUAGCUGACCUCGUUGGCGCUUUUCGUCAAGUUGCACGAAUGGGAUCCUCGACGGUAAUUGGGGCGACGAUAAAAGUCCGUGAAUCCGCACCCUGGAUCUUGGCCUUUGCACAGUGGUGUCUAGAUGUUCCCCCAUCCGUGUACAUGGAUGGAAUAGCAGGUGCGGUCCUUGAACAACCACAGUCUCGGAUUAGGUUUAUUGUCUCGAAUGAUUUAAGCAAGCCACUCGAACUUGUCGUCCAUCACCAACUUGAGGAUAUAACCAAACUCCUCGGACCGGCUUCUCGGCACCCAAUGAGCGGAAUGGUUACCGUUGAUACAUACUACCCGUGGCUAUUCCAACAACUUGGUUUCACGGGAGAUACAAUGUUCAGACUGCUUCGCCAGACCCUUGAGCACGCCAUUCCUCAAGUCCUGUCAGCAAUGAGGUGUGGGAGGUUCACACGUCUUGGCCAAACUACGACUUCCGAACAUCUGCUCGGCUCCAUCGACAACUCUGUGAACACCUGCUACCUUAGUCCACUUCCAAAUAUGAACAUUAUAGCCCAAGUAUAUGCAAAAGCUUUAGCUUUGGAUGGACCAGUACACUUCAUCACCCUGCAACAGGGCAUGCUUAUCGCCGACCUGCCACUGGUUUCUCGUCAUCUUGAGUCAUUGAUGGAGAAGUGUUAUUGUGAAGAAUGUUGCGAGUCUACACAAAGAUACGCUGAACCAGUGUCAAACAAGGGCUUUUGUUACAAAAAAAGCUUCUUUCGGUCGAUAGGAUUUAUAAUCGCGGAAAUAUUUGUCCUAUCGCUUUUCGAGUCUUCGACACCGGUACUAGUCAGACUCUCACUGGACAGACAGCAAGGCCUUCCUGCGCUGGACAACAACUUUGCUCAAGUCAUCAAGUCUGGCAAUUCCCAAAAAUUUGACGAUAUGGACCUUAUCGAUUGGGCUAGAAGUAUGGUUGGACAUGUGUUUGACGACGAGGCUCCGGGCUUGCUACUGACCUCAGGGAAGGGUCAGGUGAUAUACCCUGUCGUACUCGACACAUUCUACGUUGAAAAACAGGGGUACUUGAAGCUUUACUGUUUGCCAGGAUUACUGAGAUAUCAAAACGAAAUCUACAGCGUCGUGUCAUCAGUUGAUGGUGAAAAUGCUGAAUAUCCUCACUCCAAUCUACCCGCUUACCCGAAAGUUUUCCGACCAUUGAAUCUCUUUAAAGAGUUCAUGUUGUCUUGGAAGAUAAGUAUUAAAGAAAAUAAGGAGCUUUGCAUCAAGCUAAUGAUGUGUUCCAGCUCUGAUACCUCUUUUAGAGUUGAAACUGACCCGUUGUUAAUACUACUGUAUUUGAGGGAUACGCUUUUGCUUGAAAGAUGUCCUCACAAUCUUCAAGCUCAACUUACAGAUGCGGAUCGAUUUUCUUCGUAUACUUCUCCUUGGUAUCAAGACGAAGAAGCUUCGGAUGCAGCCUCCCAAGUCAGCGUUGUUCCUGUAGAUGGCGCCGAUGAUCUUCGGUGCUUUGCAAUUGCUUGCCAAGGUUCAUCAGUCAUGCGUAGAAAUUCUUGUCUACAGUGUAGUCUUAAUCUAUGCAGGAAUGCCGAUGUCCACUCUCUUAUUCUCUAA